CCCGCCCUCACGUGCAGCUGAGCGGCCCGGCACAGCUGUUUCGCCGAGCAUGGAUGCCAACGUGGUUGUUAUGGGGACAGAGAGCGUCGGCAAGUCAGCGCUGACUGUGCGGCUCUUAACCCGGCGAUUUAUUGGAGAGUACGGAGACAUCGAGUCCAUCUAUAGUCAUAGUUUUAUGGUCGAUGGGAGGGAGAUCACUCUCAAUAUUUGGGAUUCACCUUACUCUGAGGAUUCGUCCGUGGAGACGUCACUCUUUGAGAAAAAGGUCCAGUGGGCAGACGGCUACGUCCUCGUCUACAGCAUCUGCGACAGGGCCAGCUUCAACAGCGUCAGCAGGCUCAUUCAGACCAUCAAGUCCACCAAAGACUACAUGAACGCAGACAAAGUGCCAAUGGUGAUUGUGGGUAACAAGAGGGACCUGCACCACAGGCGGACAGUGCUUAGCGAGGAGGGCCGGCUGCUGGCUCUCAACACAGACUGCCACUUCUACGAGGUGUCAGCGGCCGAGAACUACCACAGCGUGCUCACGGUGUUUCACGGGCUGAUGGACAGGAUGAAGGACACCAAGCCGACCACGAAGAGGCCUCUGGGGUUCAAGGGCAUAGUGAAAAGCAUGUCGGCGGUGUUUGCCAGGAGACGGACAGACUCCUUUUAGUAAGACCAUGACGGAAGAGGAAGGAGUUUUCUGUGAAUCCGCAUCAUGUUUGUUCGACUGGAUGGAUGUUACAGUCUGUCAGUGAGGUGUUACCAGGUGUGUCACGUGUUGCCGUGCCAAAGGUAACAAUGAAGCCUCCAGAGGCAGAGACAUUACAGAGAUGGGAGCUGUUUUUCACUUGAAAAGUGUGGAAAGGAGAAAGCCAUUACAACUAAGAAGACAUGAAGACAAUGCAAUGUGACAGAGGUUACAGAUGUUUUUUUUUCUGGUGACAGCUCAGCUGCACUUCAUUUACACAAGACUGAUGAACUGACAUAAGUAAUCUUUGUCAUUUUACAGAUAUUUGACCUGUAACAUAUUGUGUGCAGCAAGGUAUGCAAAAUGUGUAAGUGUCAUUUUAAUGUUGUACAGAUUACAGAUCGGAAUAAAUUGUAUGUACAAAUUGAAUGUGCCUUUACUUAUGAUGCCUAUACCAAAGAUAAUGUCAUAAGAUUGACAAAGCUCUUCAAAACAGUGACUGAAAAAUGUGCUGCUCAAUCCUGUCAUUAAUUCUUGGAAGAGAAAAGAACAUAUUUGUAUUCAAUCAAGUCUGAACACUGUAAAGCUAAAGAACAAACCGUGUUUGAUAUUUAUGAGCU